AUGAAGGUCUCUUUCUCUUUGGCUGCGCUGCUGGCAGCAAGCCUGUCGCAGGCCCAGUAUCUCAUCAGCGAGCUUAGUUUUGGUCAUGCUGGAAGGAUAAGUCCCGCCGAGUCUCGUGGACAGAUUCCCAACUUCGCCGUCCAGGGCAACCCAAACACUCCCGAGAUUCUCUCCAACCGAAUCAUCCUCACUCCUCUCGCCCCUGGUAACCAGCGCGGUGCCAUUUGGGGCCAGCAGCCUUUGCUCCGUACGCAAUGGAUCGCUGACGUCGACUUCCGAGCCAACGGCCCCGAUCGCGGCCGUGGUAACCUCAACAUCUGGCUUGUUCGCAACGGUCCUGCUACGAUCGGCGCCGGGAGCAUCUACACUGUUGGCAAGUUUGACGGUCUCGCCCUGGUUAUCGACACAUCUGGCGGCUCGAGCGGUAUGGUUCGCGGUUUCUUGAACGACGGCAACACCGAUUAUUCCAGACAGAACAACGUUGAUGAGCUCUCGUUCGGCCACUGCCCAUACAACUACCGCAACCUCGGUCGACCUUCGCAGGUUAAGCUUCGACAGACUGCCAGGUCUUUCCGCGUUGAGCUGGACGGCAAGCUCUGCUUUGAGUCUGAUAAGAUCAGCAUUCCUACCGGCUACCAGUUCGGUGUCACUGCUGCCACCCCUGAUAACCCUGACUCUUUCGAGGUCUUCAAGAUGGUUGUCAUGGCUGAUAACAGCGACGCUGGUGCUGUUCGCAACGAUCCUCCUAAGCAGCAGAACCAGAACCAGAAUCAAAACCAGGCCCGUGGUCAACCCGCCAAGGCCAACUCCAACAAUAACAACAACAGAAACGAUGGCGAGUACGCAGAUGAGGAUCCUGAUAUCUUCUCAACCUCCAAGACCCAGUUCAUGGAUCUGCACAACCGCCUUCAAAACACCAACCACCAACUCUCAUCUCUGCAACGCACCUCUUCCCGUCACCAGCAGCAGGAUGAGAAGCGCCACGAGGAUUUGACCUCCCUCAUUGGCCAGCUCCGUGCUGAUAUGCGCAAGCUCGAUGAUAUUACCGCUCUCAACUCACGUAUCUCAGAGCUCGAGAAGGACAUUCAGGGUCUCCGAAAGGAACUCACCCGCAAGCUGCAGUCUACCGAGCGCACCUUCAAGACCACCCUCUCCGACCACCACAGCACCCUGUCAGAGGUUGUUAUGAACAAGACUCCUGGUCACAAGUUCCUCAUCUUCUCCAUCAUCGGCACCCAGUGCAUUCUCGUCGCUGCCUACGUUGUCUACAAGAGAAGGCGAGCUUCCAUGCCCAAGAAGUACCUGUAA